ACACCAUCUUAUUAUGAUAAACAUGUGAUUACGAAACAAACCUUAGACGGACUUAACGCAUUUAACCGUAAGGUUGAAGCAUAUUCACUUUUGUUAAAAGAGUAUAAUGAACAUACACCUCCAACUUCAUCGUCAUCUGUGUUAUCUCAACCUCUCACUCCAACAAAAGAAAUUGAUCUAGACGAUUUUAUUUUUGGUUCUCAAUCAGCAACUACUAAUUCAUCCCAUACUGAGUUUGAUUUAUACACAAAAGAACAAGAAAUAGAUAGAACAGAUUGUCCAUUAAAUUGGUGGAAGUCUAAUUCUAAAAAAUAUCCAGUAAUAUCAAAAAUAGCUAUGAAAUAUUUAUGUAUACAAGAUACAAUAAAGAAGACCUCAAUAAAAGAGGUCGAAACGUUUGUUUUGUUAAAGAUUUUUAAAUGUUUAAAUAAAAGUACGGAAUUAAAGUAUCGUCCUUUAACUCAAAUAACCGUUCAGUUAGUUGAAUUACAAAAAGGAGUCGCCGAAAACCAAAAUCGACUAACGCAAUCAGAAAUAAAAAUUCGUCAAGGUGAAGUUAGAAUGGAAGUCUACGAAAAAGGACAAGUCAUACAAGCAAUAGAACUAAAAUAA